AUGGGGACUGAAGAUAGCAUUACCCUUUCAAAUAGCGCACUAGAGCCGCGUACAGAUGUCAAGCAAAGGCUGCCUUCCAAAACUCAUCAAGGCUCGAUAAAAGAAACAAGCCCGGAAAAAGAUGAAACUAGUAGUAGCGAUGAUGAUGCACACGUUCCAGUAACAGAAAUACACUUGAAAUCCCACGAAUGGUUUGGCGAUUUUAUAACAAAACAUGAAAUUCCCCGUAAGGUUUUUCAUUCUUCCAUUGGUUUUAUUACACUGUACCUGUAUACUCAAGGCAUCAAUUAUAAAAAUGUUUUAUGGCCGUUGAUAUAUGCCUUCAUCAUACUGUUUGUUUUGGAUUUAAUAAGAUUAAACUGGUCAUUUUUCAAUAUGCUUUACUGUAGGACUGUGGGUGCGCUAAUGAGAAAAAAGGAGAUCCAUACCUACAAUGGGGUGUUGUGGUAUAUUCUUGGGCUGAUCUUUUCUUUCAACUUUUUUUCUAAAGACGUUACUUUGAUAUCAUUGUUUCUGCUCAGUUGGUCCGAUACAGCCGCCGCAACAAUUGGAAGAAAGUAUGGUCACUUAACACCUAAAUUAGCAAGAAACAAAUCUCUUGCGGGUUCAGUAGCCGCAUUUGCAGUUGGCGUCAUCACAUGUUGGGUAUUUUAUGGGUAUUUCGUUCCCAAAUAUAACUACGUUAACAAGCCUGGUGAGAUUGAAUGGACUCCAGACACAAGCAGAUUAAGUUUGAAUACUAUAUCAUUGUUAGGCGGUGUCGUUGCCGCCCUGAGUGAGGGUAUCGAUUUGUUCAAUUGGGAUGAUAAUUUUACUAUUCCUGUUUUAUCAUCACUCUUCAUGCAUGCGGUAAUCAAAGCUUUCAAGAAAUAA